CCCAGGCCCAGAUCGCUGAGCGCAGAGGGACAGAGGAGCCCCCUGAAAUGUCAGUCCCCCGGGUCCUACUGUGCUUCUGUCUUCUGGUCCUGGCCUGCACUGUGGUGGGCCAGGAUGAAGACCCUGAGGGGACCCUGGACCCUCUGGCCCCCAGGCAGGAGGGGAAUCGCUUGAGCCAGAUGCAGAGCAAACUGAAAGAGUUGAUGACGAAGACCAGAAACAAGUGGGAGUCCUUCUGGAGCCCCGAGGGCUUCCAGGGGUUUGUGCAGACCUACUAUGAUGACCACCUGCGAGGGCUGGGCACCCGCACCCGGGCGUGGUUCCGAAGCUCCAAGGACACCCUGCUGGACAAGGCUCACAGCCUGUGUCCCCAGCUCCUCUGUGGACCCAAGGACCUGGAUUAGAGUGACCACCUCCCACCUUCGCCAUUUGAGUCAAGAAUAAAGAAAAAUCUCUGUG